CGCAAUGACCUGAUUAGGUCACCAUAACUUCCUGGUCUUAAUGAAGUCUCUUGCAAAUCGAUGCGCUUUGAUUGCAUUUUAAUCACACAAGCUAAUGACAGGCGGUUAACUGGUUUGUAGCCAGUUAGCACAGGUAUUCCAAGAGGUGUGUUGUCUUCAGGUAGCGUGGCGUGCGUGCAUGCGUGCGUGGGAGCCAUGAAGGUGAAGGUGAUCUCCAUCCUGGAGGACAACUACAUGUACCUGGUGAUAGAGGAGCAGAGCAAGCAGGCCAUAGCUGUGGACCCCGCUGUCCCCCACCGGCUGCUGGAAAUAGUCAAAAGAGAAGGCUUGUCUCUCAUUGCCGUUCUCACAACGCAUUAUCACUGGGAUCACGCCCGUGGGAAUGAGGCUCUGGUGAAGGAGGUCCCUGGCCUCAAGGUUUACGGGGCAGAUAAUCGAAUAAAGGGGCUGACAGAUAAAGUCACAGACUCUCAGGAACUGAAGUUUAACUCCAUUAAUGUCAGGUGCCUGUUUACUCCUUGCCACACCUCUGGUGAUAUGUGCUACUACAUUUGGGAGGAUGAGUGUACAGAUGCCCCCGCUGUGUUCACAGGAGACACGCUGUUUAUUGGUGGAUGUGGGAGGUUUUUUGAGGGUACAGCAGAACAGAUGCACUACAACCUCACCAAAGUUCUUGCUUCCUUACCUCAAGAAACGAAGGUGUUCUGUGGACAUGAGAACACCAUCAAGAACCUAAAGUUUGCCGUGUUGGUGGAACCAGAAAAUGAAAAGGUUAAAGAGAUGCUGAGCUGGGCCAGGGCGAGAGACGACGAUGACAAACCAACCGUGCCAUCCACACUAAAGGAGGAGUUUGAUUACAACCCUUUUCUCCGCCUCUCGGAGAAAGCCGUGCAGAAGUUCACAGGGAAGACAGACCCUGUGGAGGUGAUGAGGGUCCUGAGAAAGGAGAAGGAUAAAUUCCAGAAGCCCAAAGACAAACUACCCCCUCAGGCCAUGUUGGCUUUGCAGUGGGGGCUACUUAUGAGCUCUAAGGAUCAUUUAAGUUCAGCGCUCAAAGAGAACGACUGAAUGCUUUAUUACAUUAAAGACUGGCGCAUUGUAGCUAUGUGUCUUAGCUUAAAGGCGGCCAUAUUGUGGGAAUUUUAUUUUUGUUAUAAACAAGCAUUUUUGCACACUUGACACCAGGCUGGCACACAGAAUUGUGCUAUUUAGUUUGACCCUCUCCCCAUAAAUCACUUUAUCUAAAGCAACACUGA